UUCUGAUAUUAUGUUUGGAAUUUUUUAAAGAUCAAAGCUUAUGUUCUUCUUGAUGGCCAAAAAAAAAAAGGCUUAUGUUCUUCUUACAUUUUCCAGAUCUUCCAGAACUUUCAAAGAAUUAUCCUAGUUUAUGGUUUACAGAGUCUAAAUAUCAUGACACUGGAUCUUCCCUCUGGCAUAACUUGAUUGCGAGCACCUUUGGAAUUGAUGACCCAAAAGUUUUCACUGGACAACCUGGUGUAGCUGACUUUAUAACUCAUAAGCUAACUGAUAUUAGAUUGCCAACAACCUCAGAUGUUGUAACUUGUGGCGACAAGUCAAUUGCUGAUUUAGAUAUCAAAAUACAAGCAGUGACAGAAUCUUCAGAGAAAGCAACUGAGGUGCCACCGGAGCAUUGUUUUAAGUUGAUUAAUCCCCAGUUUUGGAAUGAUUCUGUUCCUCAGAUGAUGGUAUCUGUUGGAAAUCAAUCCAAAGACAGUGUUACAAAUAAUAAUCAAUCAGGGGAACUGAAUAAACUUGACAGUUUUGGAAGGUGGAUGGAUAAAGAAAUUGGUGCAGAUUGUGAUGAUUCCUUGAUGGCAUCUGACUCUGGAAAAUACUGGAAUACUCUUGACACUGGGACUGAUGACAAGGAAGUAUCCAGUUUAUCCCACCACAUGCAGUUGGAUAUGGAUUCUCCAGGCCCUUAUCUUUCUCAAGAACAACCAUUUAGGAUUCUCGAUAUUUCACCUAAUUGGGCUUAUUCAGGGGUUGAAACAAAGGUUCUAAUUGUUGGUGAAUUUUUUGGAAACAAGGAGCUUUCAUCUGCUACAAAGUGGGGUUGCAUGUUUGGUGAAAUUGUAGUAUCUGCUGAGGUUUUGACUAACAAUGUCAUUAGAUGUCAAACGCCUUCACAUUCGCCUGGGAAUGUUCCAUUUUACGUCACUUGCAGUGACAGGUUAGCUUGCAGUGAAGUAAGAGAGUUUGUUUUUCAUGAAAAGCCAUCUGGAGUUUCAUCAUAUGUUCCUGUCAAAAAUACCCCAAAAGAGGAAGUGUGCCUUCAAAUUCGUCUAGAAAAACUGUUCACUAUAGGUCCAGAGAGAAAGUGGUUGCAUUGUUCUGUGGAGGAAUGUGAUAAAUGUAAGCUGAAAGAUACCAUUUGUUUAAUGUCAAUACCUGGUGCUGGAGAAUCUAAAGACAGUUUAAUUCAGAAUAUGCUGAAAGAUAGACUUUCUGACUGGAUACUAUGCAAAGUUCAUGAAGAUAGCAAGGCUCUACAUGUUCUAGAUGACAAAGGUCAAGGAGUUAUACACUUGGCAGCUGCACUUGGCUAUGACUGGGCAAUAGGGCCUAUAGUUGCUGCUGGUGUCAAUCCAAAUUUCAGAGAUAUACGAGGAAGAACAGCACUACACUGGGCGUCAUGUUAUGGAAGGGAGGAAACAGUCAUUACACUUAUCAGAUUAGGGGCAGCCCCUGGUGCUCUAGAGGAUCCAACAACAGAAUUUCCUGGUGGAAGAACUGCUGCUGAUUUAGCAUCACGUAGAGGGCACAAAGGGAUUGCUGGGUACUUGGCUGAAGCAGCUUUAACUGCUCAUCUCUCCUCAUUGACUGUCCACCAUAAUGAGACAGACAAUGUUGCAGCAGUCAUUACAACCAAAGAGGCUGCAGCUCAAGUUGUGUUGUCUGAUGGUGACAGGGUGAUAGAUGAGCAGUACUCCCCGAUUGCUGCUGUCAGAAAAUCAACACAUGCAGCUGCUCUUAUUCAAGAUGCUAUAAGACAAUUAAUUAGGUUCAGCAAUGAAUCCAAUGAUGCAUCGGAAGUUUCAGUUGACAGAGGUCUUCUGGGUUCUUUGAACAAGGUACACAAGAUUGGUAAUUUGCAUGCUGCUGCUGUAAAGAUCCAGAAGAAGUACCGUGGCUGGAGGAGAAGAAAGGAUUUUUUGAAGAAACGCAGCCAUAUUAUAAAAAUUCAGGCAUUUGUAAGAGGACAUCAAGUUCGUAAGCAAUAUAAAAAGGUUGUCUGGUCAGUUGGUAUAGUAGAGAAGGCUAUAUUACGUUGGCGGCGUAAACGGACUGGGUUACGAGGUUUUCGAGCUAAAUGUUCAAUUGGACAUACAGUAGCUGAGUCUGAGAGAACUGAUGAAUAUGAAUUUCUUAGAAUUGGCUGUAAAGAGAAGAUUGCUGGAGUUGAGAAAGCUCUUGCCAGAGUGAAGUCCAUGGUUGAUUACGCAGAAGGACGUGAUCAGUAUAUGAGGCUAGUUAGAAAAAAUGAGGAAUUGAAGGUAGUCUAGUACUGAAAAUUACUUGUGAUUGUGGUGCCAUGAUUUAUCAUUGGUUAUAAUAGUUGAAAUUUUCUGCUGCUAAGUAAUUAUUUGUGUUUGUAUGCAAAGGUGGCUGACAAAGUAACCAGCUCACAACAGCAAGGUGAAAACUCAUGAAUGAUCAGAGAAAGGUUCAUGUGCAAUAUGGCGGCUGAAUGUCAUCAAGCUUUCUGUGGUAAGAUGUUAUAUAGCUUUAAAUCUUACCUUUUACUGGUAUCCCACAUGCUCGUAUUUUGCCAAUUGUCAAUACUUAGGAUAGAAAAAACAAGGGAAGGGAAAUGUAAAUUGGUGUCAUUCUCACUUUUUCCAUCCGCUAUUAACAGUAUAGUCAAUUCACGUGUAAGUAGAAAAGCAGAAGAGGUAGCUCUCUAUUAAAGAAGGAUGAAAUUGAAGAGAAUCAUGUAUCAGCGUGAAACUGAGUUUGAAAAUCGGCACUUGCCGAAUUCAGAAAACUUGGAUAUCACUAACUAUAGCAGCUCAAAGUUAUGUAUCCAUGUAAUGGACUACAAUCUUAUCUAAUUAAUUAUGUAUGUCAUAUAGUUACUGAAUACACAAAUUUCAAAAUG